CCUAAGCAUGAAGUUGAAACGGGCUGUUUUCAGGUUCCGUUUCAGGGUCUUAGAGGAGGCAGCGAGCGAGAUGGAGACCUCGCCUGCCGCCGCUGGCGGCGGCAGCUGGGACGGCGAGGAUUGCCGCUGCCGCCGGUGCCCUUGGUCUUAACCCCUUGACCCCCGCAGGACUCCUUCCCAGCCACACAAGCAAAGAGGAAUGGGCUGCAGGGAGAGUAAACCGGGCUGCUGUGGAGCCCGAAGGAAGAAAGAAAGAAAAACUCAGUAUAACAGAGGACCAGCUUCCUGUGAAUUGAUAGCACUGAAGAAUGAAGCCAAGACAGAUUAUUUGCACAAUGAAGCAGAAAAAAGGAAGGCUGCACUGCUGGAGAAGCAGAUGGAGGAGACCACAAGGCUCCAGCAACAACAACAGGAAGAGGAAGAUUGUCUGAAGGAAGUUCACCAUGCUCACAGACUUAGCCAGGACAUUCAACUCCAGGUAGAGAAGGAGGAUUUACAGCACAAACAAUUCUCUAAAAAAUAUGAUAUGUUGAAGAGAGAACAGGAGGAAACACUGCAAAACCUCCAGAAAACACAUGAUCAAGAGAAGCUGCUCCUAACCGAAUCCUACCAAAAAACUCAGGCAUCUUUGCAGGAGACCAUUGACAAGCUGACUUCCCAGCUGAAGGCCUUUCAGGAGAAAAUGAAACGGGUAGAAGAGUCAAUUCUGAGCAGAGAUUAUAAAAAGCACAUUCAGGACUAUGGGACCCCCAGCCAGUUCUGGGAGCAAGAACUAGAGAGUCUACAUUUUGUCAUUGAGAUGAAGAAUGAACGCAUCCACAGCUUGGACAAGAAGCUGCUGAACCUGGAAAUAGUGAUGGAGUCAAACUUACUACUUGAAGAGAAAAUUAAAAUUCUACAACAGGAAAACGAAGAUCUCCAAGUACGGAUGCAGAACCACGUGACAGUGACAAGGCAGCUGUCUGAGGAGCUUCUGACCAUUCGUGAGGCCCUGGAGAAGGAGACCCAGCUGAGGGAGCAAGGUCACCGAGAGAAAGAGGAGCUCUUGUACAGGGUGCUUCAUGGAGAUUCAGGCCACUCCUUUUCUAUCUCUACUGAGACUUCACUCAUUGCCACAUAGCACUUUGAGAGGCCAAAGACACUGGUGUGGUAUAAAAACAGAACAGGAGGGAAGGAGACCACAAUGUGACUGUUUCAUCAUUGCAUUCUACUCCAGAGGUGUUCAGAUAUAUUUUUUUAAUCCCAUGGACUAAGGUGGCCUUCAAGGGACAUGCCACAGGUCACUCUCCUCUCUGACAAAUGAGGGCCAGACGUGGGAGUAGAGAUAACAUUCACAUUAAAUAAAUUAAAUAAUUCCCUGAUUAUUUAAGAAUUUUCCAAUGUAUUGGUGCAGAGGGGAACAUGCCGAAAGCUGGCAAAAGGGAGGGCCUGGGUCCAGGUUGUACACCUCUGUGCUGGCCCUGGUGUUAUUAUUCUAUGGCCUAAGGACAAUUCUUGUUGGGAUUUUCUCUUAUGCCCUUAUUCUUUGAAAUCCUGAAAAAUGGGAUUUUUCCACUUUACUUUGAAUUUCAGGGCUAGUCAGGGAGUUCACCCUUCAGAUAUUUUGUGGUAUUCAGCAGUCAGACCAGGUCUUUCUCUUCUCCUUCUCCCAAGAAUUAGCAGAAUUAACUACCUCAUAUAAUAGAUCAUGUGAGGGGGUAAAAAAAAAAGAAAAAAAGGAGUAGGAGCUGCAAAUAAAUUGCACUUCGCACAGUCACAUAUCUGUGAGAUACUAGAUACUAAAUGAAAGGUUUACAGUUGAUUUCAACUGAUGGAAUUAGAGCUAUACCAAAAUUCUAAAGCAGUUGGCUUUUAAGCCAGUGCUUUGUAAAUUUGAAAAGAUGUGUAACUAAGUUUCUUUCUCCAUUGCAUCUUUCUUCUGCUGUGCCUUUACAUAAUAUUUCUUUUAUCUUGUGCCUAGCUCAUGUGUGACUCAAAAGCUUAAGUCAUCCUUUGCUGUGCUGGGAUUAAAGUAGUACAAUAUUUUCACCUUAUUUCUCAUCUAGUAAAAUCAGGGAGCUAUCUAUAUGAGUAGUGCCUUAAAGCUAGGACAAUUGUAGGAUUAUCACCAUAGUGUUAGGAUAGGAAUUACCAGUGGGACAACAACUUUAUGAUUUUCUACUGAUUUAAGGAUGGGUGGAUAGCACUUAACACAGUAGUGGAGAAAGACCUUAAGGAAGAGGUUCUUAAUCUGGGUUGACUGCAUUCCCAGGAAAUGUGAGAUGCAAUUUCAGGGGGU